AUGAUAAAAAAGAUACUGAACAACCUGAACACCUCAAAUGAAGAAAAGGAUGAGAAUUUUAGCCACAGCGAAAAUAUUUUAAGCCUAAUCGAAGGAAUAAUCAUUCACGAAAAUUCCUACUGGAAAUAUGUGAACAUACUAAACGAAUUAACAACGUUAUGUUAUGAAGAUCCAGUGAAUUUUCGGAAAUUUUUUUUUGUAAAAAAUGAAAAUGUCGAAGAACAGAAGAAGAAGGCCAACCAAAUAUUUGACAGAAUAUUAAUUAUCCUUGAAAAAUAUGAAGAUGCAAGGAGCACAUUUCUUUGCGCAAUUGCCAAGUUAAUAUUUAUCAAUGCCUUCGAUCUGAACGUCGAAAUUUUACGUACCUUCUGUGACUUGGCGUACAAUGAGGAAUACAAGUAUGACGUGCUCUCCGUCUUUGAGGAAAUCGUGGCUGCGGCGAUGUUGAAUUCGGCCGAGAAGGAAACGCUGAAGAAUAUUUUCAGAGGACUACAACACAUGCCAAGGGAUAAAGCGGUCGCUAGAAGCUUCACAAGUUGCAUACAUAAGGUCAUCAAGCUCCUGCGGGAUUCCUUUGAUGAGCACAUCUUGACAUUCCUGUCCGUGGCAACGUUGGAUCGGCACAACUGCCUAAUAGCAUACGACGAGGGACUACUGAAGAUUCUCACCACGGAGAUGACCAAACGGGAGGAAGACAGUUUUGAGGAGGCGCCACCCCACCUAGAGAUGGUGUACCGAAUUGUACAGCAACUAUGUGGAAACCAUGUUAAGCUAUGCGCAAUUCUGGUAAAGGAAAAAAUGCACUUAAAUUUUUACUUUAAAAAAAUCAAGGAAAUAAUAAAAAAAGAUUUUAUGAGUCAUUUUGAAAAGAAGAAAUCCAUCUUUUGCAAUAUAAUUCUCCAUACGAUAAAUAAUAUUUGCGCAUUUGAGAAGGAAAUUCUAUUUGAGUUGUGCAAUUCUCACCACUUCAUCGAUCUGCUUCUAAUUGGUAUUAAAAUGGAGAUGAGCAAUCCAUAUUUUUUAAGCGCAAGUUUGGCUGGGUUAUUACUAGUAUUAAAAAAUGAAGAGCUGUACAAAAAGAACAUUGAGUAUAUCUUAGAGAACACCAAGGAUCUGAAAAUAGUGUUACCGUUUUUGUUUGGACAGAAAUAUAACUCCAUGCUUCGUUACUACCACAAAACAGAUGAGCAGGUGGAAAUAUAUUUACACGAUAUCGUCAAGAACACUCUUGAUAUUUUUGCGUUCUUUUUUAUGAAGGAUGUAGAUAAAUUCACCAUGAAGGUGAAGAGGGGGUUCAGGGACAGCGACAUUAACUACUACUUGCUUGUCUGCCUGGAAAGCAAAAACGAAGAAGUAGUGAUCCGUCUGCUCAGGUGUAUUCACCUCAUCCCAUUCGACGACUGCAAGUCUAUUGAGUUCCAUAAAAUAUUCUUCCUCCUCCGUGAAAAGGAAAUCACUCUGAACGAAAAAUGGAAGGAAAUCUACUACUACUGCGUCAAGAUAUACAUGAAGGUAAUAAAAAAUGAGGAAAUCUCCAAAAUUGUGAAGCAGUACAAAUUCGAAGACACCCUCACGGGCAUUCUACGCAUCAUGAAUCAGUUCCUCCUGAGGGCCGUUAUCCUGCACAGAAAAAACGAUUUUGUGAUAUUAAAAGGAAGGAAAGGAAUUCCGGGGAGGUUAGGUGAAUAUGUAGGUGGUGAUGUGGGCUAUGCGGAUUCAGAAGCAUACGCUGCUGUCGAUGCGGAUUAUGGAGAAGUUGACUUGAACAAGAUAACGGUGGAGUUUCUACGCACUUGUUCCAGGUACCCCCCCCUGAGACAUUUCAUGAGAAACAACUCCGUAAGCUAUUACUUUAUAAAUAUCCUAACAAACGAAGACAGCCUAUUCAGCGAAAUAAAUGUAGAUUACGAUAUUUUAAUCGAACGUACGUGGUGUUCCAACAUUGAAAAUGUUUUCAAAGCGUUAGUCAAAAAUAACAUUUCAAAGGAUAAGAAGAUAUGUUUACGCCUUUUAAUCAACAUAGCUGACAUGUUCAGUGGUUACUUUUAUCAGUUCAAGACGGAUACACAUUGUAAUAUAUUCGACUUAUGUACUCUGGAAGAAAAACACUGGAACAGGAAAAAAGUUUUGCAAUAUUUUUACAUGAUGAAUAGCACUGACCUUGAGGAUUAUAAAAAACAGUUGCACACAUUUAUCAAUUCUUAUAUGACAAAUUUGUACACUCUGUUGAACUUGUUCGUUGAAAAAAAUAUUUUCUCCGAAUUGAAGAAAGAACAACGAGAAAAUUACUUCCCAGGGGUACUCAAAUUUAACAAAUUGAAAUAUGAAAAAAAAAUAUCGAAAUUAAAAUUAAAGGAAAAGCAUAUCAGAUCAAAAAUUUUACCUGAACAAAUGGAGAGAAGAGAUAACAAGUCAGGUACUCAUCUCUUUGAUGAGCUACAAAGUAUAAAGAACAAAAAGAAAAAACUCUUUUUGUGGCUACACAAUAAUAACUUCCAGCAAACAUUUGACAUCACCCUCGUGGAUGAUGACAUUGAGUGUAACCUUGAGCAUAUGUUCGAAAUGCCCAAAGUGGUGAAGAAAAAAAAAAACAUACGCCCUGGAAGAGGAAAUGUCUACCUCGGAAAAAACCAUCCUGAUGUUACAAUUUUGAAAAGGGAAUCACCAGAUGGGUUUCUGGAAGACUCACUCGGGGGGAAUAUCAAAGGUGUCAACAAUGGUGAAAGUCAAAUGGAAGGGAAAAUAGAACGAACGGGUAAUUUAUCCCCCCAGGGUGUGCAAUUUGAUGAUAAUAAGGAAAUUCGUGGGAGGAGCUCCUCUACAAGUGAACCAUCCUACGGUGAUGAUGAAUCUUCAGCCUCCUCCCUCGCAAAGGAAAAUCCAAACGAAACUGUCUUAGACAAAAUCGCCUGCGAACUCCUUUCCUUUGACAAGGAAAAAAUUUACGACCAGAAGACUAGCCAAUUAAACAUACUUCUAUUUAGCAAAAGAGGCCUUUUUGUGAAUUGCAACAAAGGGCAAAUAAAUGUGGCCCAUAUUUUUCACACAUUUUUGCGAAUAUUUUUCAACAUCAUAAUAAAUAGCGUAAACAGUAAUGAACAUUAUCACUACCUCCGAGUGAAGGAAUUUUUUUUAAAGACAUGUGUCCUCAAGACGAUGAUCAACCUUCUAUCGCAGUGCACUUUUUACGACUGUAGCGUAUAUGCCCAUUUCUUCCGUUUGUAUAGCGAAAUUCUGAAGCAAAAUUUGACGGCAAUGGAGUCCAUGGAUAUGUUAAUUUUUUACAACAUUUUUUUCUACUACUGUAAAUUACUGAGUAGAGAAUUUAUUAACAAACUUAUCAAUGAGGAAUAUGCCCUUUCUGAGAAGGAGCAAUAUUUUUACGCAGAAAUUUGCCAUCUUUUUUACUGUUUUACGCAAAAAAUUAUUUAUAUUCAAUUUUCCCAUUACAGCGAAAUUCAAAAAUGGUGUGUGGACUGCUCCUUGUUCUUUUUCUUUUACAAAAAUAAUAUUCUUCUGAUGCUUUAUCUGUUUAUAUACAUUAAUAGCGUCCACCACGGGUCUGUGUACUCCUCCUAUAUAUACCACAAGAAGCAAUUUACCUCUAUUCAUACCAUCUUCUUUUACACGCUCUUCACCCUAUCGUAUUUGAUGUGCUUUUCAAAAAAGUUGAAGUACUUUAUUUUGUACUUUAUCAAUUAUAAGAGAUAUAUUCACAAGGUUCUCUUUAGGAGAUCUGUCCUUCACUCCCUUUUUCUGUACCAGAAGCUUAUAUACGUACGGAUCGUCCUGCAGAAUCAACUAUCUCAGGAGAGGCGAGCCCCUGCGCAGAUUUACCACAUUUCUCCGGUGAUCUACGUGCGGGAGAACGCUGUCGAAUGGUACUUCCUGGCCAUCGGGCUGGACGAGUACUACCUCAUUUAUAUCCCAGACAACUUUGAAGAAAAUAUAAUGGAAGAUAAGGACAUCAAACUAGUAAUUCACUCUGCGAAAAAAUAUACAGACAUAACUAGAAUAUGCUUAAGCAAACAUAGUGAGAACUUCUUCGUCUUCGGUUACAUAAAUCACGAGGACGAUAAGAGCUACGAACUCUAUGACAUAUUCAUAAGUGUUAAUAGACACUUUCGUGAUGAAAUAAUUUCCUAUUCCCAAUUUUUAUCUGGGGGGAGUUUAGAAACGAAGGUGGAUUUGGUGCAAGACACUGUCUUCGCAAAUAACUUGAAAAGGCAUAUGAACAUACGCAACAUUAUUAUAACGUCUUUUGCAUAUAAGGAAGUGAAACCAAGUGAGUACUCUAAAAAGAAGGCAAAGACAAGGGAUAAAAGGAAACACAACCUAGGCAGUGGUGAACAUUUCCAUGGAUUGUCAGAUGAGGGGCUAAAUGAAGAGUCUCUCCAAUCAGAACCAAAUUCUGACACCCGUUAUAGCAAUUCUAGUGGUACAGUGAACCACCAUGAGGAGGCACCAUCUUCUGGAACCGAAUCAAACGAUGAAGAAUUUAACAUUUUUAGGAGAAAUACAAACAGCACAAGAAAGAGGAAACUUUUCUUUUUCGUUUUAACGAAAAACCAUUUAUAUAUUUUUAAAUUAAAUUUUAAAAAAUGGUUAUGUUUAAGUCCAUUCAUCGAUGGAGAAAAGGAUGACAUACACCUUUACGUUGAGUCCAGUCUAGAUAGUGCAGAAGAACCCAUCAGGGGGAAAAAAAUCUUCAAGAAUGAGAAGAUAUAUUUGAAUAAUUUCUUGGGACUCUGUGCAAGUCGUACUGACGAUCAGAACGUUGCAUUUGCCAGGAAGUGUGCAGUACGGAACACCAUCAAACAUGUGUACUCGUCCAACAACACGGAGUACACCAACGAGCAUGUCGUCUUGUCGACAAACACCACAUCCACCGCGCAGAGUGACGAUCAGCGAGACGGUAAUCAAGACGAUCACCGCGGGGAUGGAAGGCUAAUGGGUGCAGAACAUUACUUACAUAACCAGAGGUACCUAUCUGCAAACAAAUCCUUCCUAAAAAUUGUACACAAAUACAAUAACGAAAAUUUAAACAAAAUUAAAUUCGUUAAUAAUUACGAAAGUAUAGUAGCACUCAGCUACAAAGUCAAGAAUGGAGAAUUUCCGGAAAAAAAAAUAAAAAUAAUUAUGUUUGAUGAUUAUACGCGGGAGCUUUGGAAACGUUCUCUGGCAUUUUCGCUCAACAUACAAAUGACUUCCUCGGAGUGGCUACGAAAAUGGACUUAA